CGCCCAAAACAAACACAUUCGGACGACGAGCAGCGUGCGCGCGCAUCGAACGGCACGACCGCGCCAUCAAGAGCACCGCAAAGAGCUCGUCCAGGCAGCCCCCGGUGCGCAAACGCGUGCCCAAUUCAAACACAAGAGACCAUGGCAGCAGUCCUCGACAGCACGGACGCGCCGGACUCGCCCUACGACCCCGCCGCGCUGGACGCCGUGUCGUCGUACGAAGAGGAACUAAGAGUAUCAAGAGAGGACCUACUAAGGAAGAUCGAGGCCUCGAGCCGAGACAUCGCGGGCCGGUGCCGGACGGCCGUCGAACAGUCGAACGAGCAGGAGCACGCCGCUCUCUUCGAUGAUGAAGAGCGAGAACGCGUCGUGGAAGCCUACGCGGCGAAGCUCAAAGCCAGUCGAGAAGAGAUGAUCCGCAAGAUUAUCGACCAGCAGGCCGUGGAACGCACAAAAUGUCUGGAAGAACUGAAAAAAGACGUGCAGAACGUCCUGCAAGAAGUGGUGCAAGAGUGCCGCAACGAGUUCGCCGAGCAGCGCCAGAAGGACGAGGAAGACGACGCGAAAAGACGAGAUGCGCACGCGCAGGAGGUGUUGAAGGCGCAUGCACUAGAUCUCCAGAAGUUCAACGAGCAGCAGCUCGACGGUCUCAGGGAGUCCAUGGCCAAGCACCGCGACGACGCCAUGCGGCGGUACCAGGCGGAGAUGGCUCAGUUCAGAGACGAGCAGCUGGCCGAGAUUUCGAAGCUCACGUUGGAUGGCUUUGACGACGGGGAGGACACGGAGGAUGAAGAUCUGGGGGACUGGACGGAUAUAGCUAGACGAGCCAGGGAGCACGCGGGGUUGCCGCCGGAUCCGGACGAGCGGUUGGGGCCCGCGCACGGGGCGUAAGUGGUC